ACACCAUGUUCUACUCAUCAUGAUUUCAUACAAAAUUGGAAAACGUUCAUAACGCUCACUAAUAUUAAUGCAUCGACGUGAAUAGCAUACCUUUUAGAACUGUCAUUUAUACUUGGACUCGUGAGUCGCGACCAGCGAUGUCAAGUAAUUUUAUUUAAACUCAGGAGGAAUGCGUAAAAUAAUAAUUAAAAAUCAGGGUAUUGACAUCGACAAGGUUUUUGAAAGAACUGAAGAAGGAAAAUGCAUCUUGGAAAAACUGAAGCAGAACGAAAAACCGAACGACACAACCAUAAAAAAGAUCACCCAUAUACUCUGUAAUUACCUAAAAGACGCCUAUAGUGUGGAAGUAUUCAAUCUAGAAAGCUGUAUAUGUAUGAUUUGAACUAUUACAAAUUUUCUAGACGCCCCACGACAUAUCAUAAAAACCUCAUUGCACAAACUCUUGUGGCUAAAUAUCCGGCUUUGGCAUCAACGGUGUCGGUUGUUCCUCACGUUCGUUUUUAAUAACAAUAAUUUUUAACCAUUUAAACUUCCCUACCCAUGGGUGGAGGACUUGACGGUGAUCUGUCAAGCGUAUUUCCUAACGCAAUUUUUGAUUAGACAACUAAUAAUAUAAAUAAUAAUUUUUUAUUUUAUUUUUUAUGCCCAGCUGAAUAAUAUAAAUAAUAAUAUAGUAAUAACAUAAUAGUAAUAACUCAAUAUUCAAUAAUCACCAUAAUAGCAUUCGUUAUGUUUGAUUACGCUUGACUUAUCACACCGCUGGUUUUAGUCUCGCACGACCUAACAAAACUAAAUACUGGCGGGGUCGGUAGGGCUUAAGCGAGGUUUAUACUAACCCUAACAUUACUAACAAAACCUCGUGACUGACGUCCACCCAUUGCACUCAUAGAUAUAAAGUUGCAUUACUAACCCUUCUAAUUUCUCUCACAACUACUACUACUACUCAUAUUAUCAUUUUUCUAUAUAUACAUGUGUGUGUGUGUUUUUUUUUCUUCACUAAAUAUCAGCUAUUUUAACUGCGCGAAUUUCUUUAUUCCCAUAUGUCAAUCCCAGUUACAAUCUGACUGCUGUCGGAACGUUUCUUUUUUCUCUUUGAUUCGACCCAUUAUCGCGCAUUUGGCACCUCAAAAAUAGUUAGUCGCGCAUCGUAACUUUUGUUAAUUUCGGUAUACCAAUGCCCCAUGCAUUGAACGUCGACAGCUGUCUGGCAUGUCUUUCUUGCUUGCGUCGUGAGUUGCGGGGUCGUUUCUUUAUUCCAGGGGCGGGUGUGCUCUGACCCAGUGGAAUAAAGAAAUUCGUUAUCAGUUGUACGUUUUUCCCUUUUUCUGCUAGAAUGACUCUUGCGUCUAUGGGUGGUUAAAGGGUUUAAAAUAUGUUGACAGCGUAAAUGUGGAUGUGUGUUGAUUGUACUGUUUGGUUUUGUUGUUAAUCCACUCCCUUCUCUCUCUUUUUUUUAUCGUUCUGCGGCUGCGAGAUGAAAAUUGCCGCAGUAGAACAACGAAAAGAACCAGGUACGUGACAUAGGGCAGGAACGCGAACGGUCUUGCAUGGGACAUGUCAAAGAGAGCGAUCGAGGACAGAUGACGGCAUGAAUAAAGGUAGCAGACGUGAGGAGGAACGACCAAGAACACGAGGAAGACUGCCGACAUAUAUACCAACGGUUGGAUGGCUUGGAAAGGUAUAGCCAACACUACUGUGGUAUGUAAGGUAAAAUCGGUAAUAUGAACCGGUGAUAACAGGUACGUUUUUCAUUCAAAUCAUAUAUUUACCGUCGAGCAGGGGCCUAGUGUGGUUGGUAACGUCUCCGUCAACCACGCUCGACGCCUGGGUUCGAAUCCCACCGCCGACAUACCGACCUCCAGUCCAGAGUAAAUUUGUUCAUCUGUGACUUUGGUCUUGUCAGGUCGAAUUGCUCCUGGAGGUUUUGACCUUACAUUCAUUAUAUAACUUGGGCCUAGUGCAACAGUAACCAAUAAAACAAUCCGAAACCAAACUUGGAAUCUUUCAGAUAGCCGUAAGGCCGCAGUGUCGAAGUAAGCAACAUGGCUACGCUCUUCUGUAAUGCUGUUAGAUUCCGCUCGAAGUCCCAGCCUUAGAUUCCAGCGUAUUAACGCUACAGCUGGACAUUGAAAAAAAAAAAAAAAUUUUAACCUUUAAACUUAAUUAACCUUGUGUUAUGGGCUCUCUGGUUCUAUGAAAAUGGCAGGGGAGAAGGACGACAUGCAGGCAAGCUCCAUUAUCACAUGGAGUAUUUAGCGAAACAAUCUGACCAACGUGUCAUUCGCAGAGAAUCAUUGAAAUCAAAACCCAAGGAGGUAGAGGCUGUUGAGGAUACCGAAAUGACUGAUAUAGAAAUGAGUUCAAUGAUCGAGGAAUUGAAAUUUACUACUCCCACUACCGCAAACAAAGCACGCAUAGUGCAUAUUUUGGAAGAAACGUAUAACCACCGUGAUACUUUUCGUAAAAAUAACGAUUUUGCAUCAUAUUUAGAAAAUUUUCCCCCGGCAUCAGCAUACAAUGGACAGAUGAUUGCACUUGAUUUUGCAAGAAUGUUUGGUUUAACAGAUUUUCAAAACAAAUGGACUGGUUGGCAAAACCGAAUAUUAGCUGGGUUCAAUCAUCUGUUCGAAGAACUCGACGAUGAUUUUAUUCGAUGUCUAGCUAUUGUGCGAGCAAAAAAGUAGGAGGGUGGUAUUCAAGACACGACCGCAUGACGUUGGACUACGGUAUUCUUAUAUUCCAUUAAAACAAAUAAUAG